GACCCCAAGAGAAGUUAAACCCACCGCAGCUCCGUACUGCCCCAUCUCUCACACACACACGUGAAGCCUUUCGACUUCACUCCGUUUCGUUUCUCGCGAUCGGAGUUCCACGAUUCGAGUUCGGUCUCUUUUCGUCUCUCGGGCGCGAAGCCUGCUGGUGGCUCCUCUUUCCGCCUCCUGUGUAGAUAACAAAGCAUUGUGAAUCGAAUAUACAUACAAAUUGGUUGAACUGCAAAAAUCAAGAGCUUGAGAAUUAAGGAAAAUUGGGUGAAGAAAAAUGCAGCAACGGUCAGAUCGCAUGGCCCUGGAGAGUAGGCCCGGAAUCUUCAUGAUCGGAUCCCCUAACGUUGGCAAACGCACCCUUCUCUCCAGAUUACUUUCUGUGGAUGUUGAAGAUGAUUUUUACUCACCAUCUCAAGUUAUUGUUCAUGGGUGGACUAUCGAUACUAAGUACUACACAGCUGAUGUUUCUGUGUGGAUGACUCAUCUCAAUGAUGAACUAUCUAUUGGGACUCUGCCAAUUUGCAAUAAGCUCACUGCCUUGGUCAUGGUUUUUGAUAUGAGUGAUCUAUCAACACUUGUUGCACUACAAGAAUGGGUGUCUGUUACUGAUAUUCAGAAAUUUGAGAUAUUAUUAUGCAUUGGGAACAAAGUGGAUCGUAUUCCUGGGCAUCCAGUUCAUUCUGAAUACAGAAGACACCUGCAAAAGCCUAAUGAAUCUCCUGAAGAGUUCACCGAAUAUGGAAUUUCUGAAACUGAAGGAAGUUCUCUAUUAGACCAUGAAGAACCAUCUUCCAAGAUUAGGAAGUCAUGUGUGGAAUGGUGCUGCGAGCACAACAUUGAAUUCAUUGAAUCUUGCGCUUUGGAUGCUGCUUUUGACAAAUGUCUAUCUAUUGAUGGUGACUCGCAAGGGGUUGAACGUCUAUUCGGUGCUCUUUCCGCUCAUAUGUGGCCUGGAAUGGUCCUGAAAUCUGGCGAUAAGAUCACUGAACCAUCAUUGCCUGAGAAAGAAGAAUUGUCUGAAGAAGAAUCAGAUUAUGAAUUAGACUACGAAAGGUUAUCUGUAGGUUCUGCUGAACCAUGGGAUGACACGGAUGUAGCAUGGGUUUCUGCUAAUGAUCCUAAUCCAGUAGCUAGGAAUGAUGAUUUCUUGGAAGGCGAUCCGGAGAGUGGGAGAAGGAAUGAUAAGGAAGAGUUGGAGGCUUCAACAUCAAAAGCAGCUUUGCAGAAUGGGUCUGACAAUAGAGUUUUGUCCGAUGCUGAAGAACCUGACAAAGACCCUGAAACAGACGAAGGGACACCUUUUGACUUUGAGGAGUUGGAACGGUUAAUGUCUGAAAUAGGAAAUAUGCGUGGCACUUUGAGAUUAAUGCCUGAUUUUCAAAGGAGAGAGAUGGCUGCAAAGCUGGCCAUGAAAAUGGCCUCCAUGUUUGGAGGCGGCAGUGAUGGUGAAGAGGAAUUGGACUAAUUACAACUCUGCUCUUCACUGGUCUGUCAAUGAAUUAGUUUGACAUCAAUCAUCCUUCAGUCCAUUCUCAGUGAUGUUGGGAACAAAGCUCAGGUGCACUAGUAUACUCUGUAGAAUAUGUGGGUUAAAUUCUAUGUUGCUUUCACUUCUUUUUUCACGGAUGUGGAUCUUGCUUUCGCAUUAAUGUCGCCUUUUACUUGAAGAGAUUAUUUAAUGAGAAAUGAAUGCUUGUAUGUCAAUUCUCUGCAACUCCAACGAUUAUAGUCAGAUAAUUGAUGUAUGACUGGAGAUUUACUGCUGCGCGUAAAAGAUAAAUGAUCA